ACCUCUUCUAUCUUCCUUUUACCAAAUCCGCCAUUAUCACCACAGAAGGAAAGAGAGAGAACUUACCAAUCAAAUCCUUCUGCUAUAUAAAAACCCUAGAUUCCUUCUCUAAAACCCACAUCGAAUCUCACCCAAAUACAACAAUGCUCCAACCUCUCUCUUCCUCCUCUGUUUUCUCCAGUUUCUUGGUUUAAGAAGGAAUCUUCGUUGUGUUGGGUUGGGGGGAAUCACAAAAGCAUCCAUUUUUCUUCUUGUCAUUGCUUGAUAUGGAACUGGGUAAAUCUCGAUUGUGCAAUUGCUUUACUCCUUGUAGAUUUUCCGAUUAUUCUUUAGCUGGAAGUGAUUAUCCAGACGCCAUGAAUUCGAAUUGUAUUCGCAAACCUUCUUCUUCUUUUGUUUCUUGUAUCGUCAUCGUCUCUGAAGAUUCUUCUUGUUUAUAAAUUUCUCUUCUCUUCAAAAUCUCGAUUCGAAGUUUUCAUCUUUCUCUGUUUCGUAUCUCUCUCUUUCCCCUCAAAGAAAAUACAAUGUUGUGUGGAUCAUCUUCGUUUCCUCUUUUGGGCUCUGCUUCAGCUAUGACUAUGGUGGCUGCUUCUUCACCAGCUUCCAGAUUUGUUGGAUUUGGUCAUCAUACUACUACUACUACUCUCAGGUAUGAUCAUGAUCAACGUCGUCGUCCUUGUUCUUGGACUGGAAUUGAAAAGAAGAUCCCUUUUCCUCGGAAUAGGAUUGCCUCAGCUUCUGCUUACCCUCGUUUUCUCAGUCAGCUUAAUAAAGACUCACCAAGACCCAAAACUUACCAAGAGGUCACUAAGUCAGCCAGACAAAUGUUUGCUCGAGAGAUCUCUAUCCAAUCGAAAGACAGUGAAAUUUCGAUUGCAAAGGUUCUGUUCUACAUUGCUGCUGAAGAUGAAGCCUUUAUGUCUUUUAACCGAGAGAGGGAUGCUCAGUCACUCAUGAACGAGAGGGAAAGUACCCAAGAUCAAUCUGAUCCGAGUGAGACAGAUGCUGAGGAGCUAUUGCAGUUAGAUGGAAAGUGUAUAUCCGACUGGUUGAGUGAAAUAGAUGCAAUUUCCAAAGACGUAGAGGCAGAAUUAGUCUCACGAGACAUCGGUUGCCACAUGGUACAAGUUCUUGAAGCUGUAAAUGUAGUUCUUUUCGAUUUGAGAGGCUUCAAGAGGACAUCUAUUACUUUAGACCCAGAACACUCCUACCUUCACUCUGUACUUAACUGUAGACGCAGCACUGCAUUUCUGAUUAGUGUAAUAUACAUUGAAGUUUGUAAGCGCCUCGAUGUGCCAAUUGUUGGAUCUCCAGUUGGGGAAGAUUUUCUGAUUUGGCCUAAAACGGAGUAUCCUGAAGAACUCUUUAAAGUAACUUCAGGACAGAGCUUGUUUUCUAUUGCCAAUGGAAGGUGCGUUGAUGAUCCUGGAUCAAUGGCAUCAGACUUAACUGCAAAAUCACUUCAAGACCUCGAUAUUGCAACAAACAGAGACAUUAUUGGGAUUGCUCUUGCCAACUUGAUUAGGCUUCACUGGAGACGUGCUACGAAGUCAUCCCCUGGACUAAUGCUGACUUCUCCUCUUAGUCAACUUAACAACAUCAGUAGUUCUAACUGCCCAUUGUUGCGGCCUCAAGACCUUAGGUUGGCUAUUGCGGCUGCGGAAAGGUUGUUGAUUCUGCAACCUCAUAACUGGGCACUUCGCAGAGACCUUGGUAUGAUGCUGUACUACGACAGGCAAUAUGGAGAGGCGGUACAAGAGCUGAGCAUAUGUAUGGCCUUUGCUCCUCCUGAAGAAGAAGCUGUGCUAAAAUCAUUUGUUGAGAGACUCCAUCUCCUUCGUCUAAUAUCUUCAUUGAAGCCUCUUGGCUCUGAUCGCUUGACCGUUCCAUGACUUCUCCAUCUCAUCCUCUUUGUUCCACUUGUAAAUACACUCUCUAUCUUUCUCUGUGUCUUUGUUGUGUUGGAAGAACCUUUGUAAGGAGAGACAUAGAACUUUGUUGUUGUAACUCUUACCUUUUCUAUGACCAGAUCUAAUGGAUUUUGGGGACUCCGACUAGAUUUUUAUA